CUUUGUAUAUAAAGCCAACGAAACCAAAGCCUAUAAUUCUGGAAGACGAGAGGGAUUAAAGGGAGAGAGCGAAGGGGAGGGAGAUAAUCGGAGAGCGUCGAGAGAGGGCUUCCGUGUGCGGCGGCGAGCAGCUGUUCUGGCGGUGGCGCUAUCGGGCAUAGAGCUACGGCCAUGGCAGACUCAAACGACUCAGUUUCCGUCGACAUGGAGAAGAUCUAUCUCGGUGGAAAGGAGCAUCAUGUACGAACUGGCCAGGGUUCUGUCUCUGUAAUAGUAUGCGGAGACCAAGACAAGCCUCCACUAAUCACUUAUCCUGAUUUGGCUCUAAAUCAUAUGUCAUGUUUCCAAGGAUUGUUCUUUUUCCCCGAAGCAGCUUCGUUGCUGCUUCACAACUUUUGCAUCUACCACAUCAGUCCCCCAGGACAUGAGUUUCCUUUUUUGGAACUUUACCAAGAGUUCUUGCAGUUGGGAGCUGCUGAGAUUUGUCAGGAUGAUCCUUCACCCUCUGCCGAUGAUUUAGCAGAUCAAAUCCUUGAGGUUCUAAACUAUUUUGGACUUGGUGCAGUUAUGUGCAUGGGUGUAACCGCUGGCGCUUACAUUCUCACUCUUUUCGCUUUGAAAUAUAGAGAACGUGUUCUUGGAUUAAUUCUUAUAUCCCCCUUAUGCAAGUCACCCUCUUGGUCUGAGUGGUUCUAUAAUAAGGUAAUGUCAAACUUGUUAUACUUCUAUGGCAUGUGCGGUUUGUUGAAAGAGUGCUUGCUUCAGCGGUAUUUCAGCAAGGAGGUCCGAGGUAGUGCCGAAGUUGCAGAAUCCGAUAUUGUUCAAGCAUGUAGAAAAUUGCUAGAUGAGAGACAAAGCAACAAUGUUUUUAGGUUCCUCCAAGCAAUUAAUGGAAGACCAGACAUUACCGAAGGGUUGAAGAGGCUACGGUGUCGUACUCUCAUAUUCGUCGGGGACAGCUCGCCUUUCCAUUCCGAAGCGCUCCAUAUGAUCUCAAAAUUGGAUAGAAGAUAUAGUGCCUUGGUUGAGGUCCAAGCCUGUGGAUCGAUGGUAACCGAAGAGCAGCCACACGCAAUGUUGAUACCCAUGGAGUACUUCUUCAUGGGGUACGGGUUGUACAGGCCGUGCCAAUUCAGUGACAGUCCACGGAGCCCGCUGAGUCCAUCGUGCAUCUCCCCAGAGCUCCUUUCUCCAGAAAGCAUGGGAUUGAAGCUAAAACCGAUAAAAACCCGCAUCUCAUAAGCGUCGUGGGAGGGGUAGAAUUGGAAAAGAAGAGAAGGGGCGGGGCUGUGUUGCUUUGCUUUGGUGUGAUUCAAAAGUCUGUUUCUGUCUGUCUGUAAGUUUUUCUUUUCCAGAUUUUUGAUUUGUUGAAGGGCGUUUGUUUGUAGAUAGGGAGAGAUGUGAUGAUGGGUAAAUAACUAAAUAGGGAGGGAGACACAUUCUUCAUUCUUUUGUAGUCAUCAGACAUAAAGAGAUCAUAUUCCUUGUACUAUGCGGAUUCGUAUAUUCUUCAACCUCACCAAUAUAAUUUAUUCAUUGUGACCUAGAA